GAAAACAAGAAGAGCAAAUUCUUCAGUCUAGAUUCACUUGUCCCGUGGUUCGGUUGUGUGUUUGAAUUUUAGCUCGGAUCGCCGAAGCAGCAGCCUGAUUGGGAACCGGAUAGAAGAAGAUUUUGGUGGAAAAUCGCGUGAUUGUCCUGACGGCAAAGACGGUUUGCAAAGAGUGCCGUAUAAUCCGGUGUUUGUGUGAGUGUGUGUAGCUUGAUUUGGGAAAGGAAGAACAGUGCGAUUAUUUUUAGCUCGAUUGCGGUGCGAAUUUUUGGCUCUAGACGAAAGCCGAAUUUUGUCUGCCGGUUGGGUGAAUACGGUUCAGAUUUUCAAGUACGGAAAAACUGCGGGACCAGUGGUGAAAGGCUCGCCCCUACAACGCUGUGCAUGUGCAUAAUAUUCGUGGGUGCAGAUUGUAAUCAGUUGUGGUUGGUUGGUGUGAAUAUUUUUUGAUCUUACAAAAAUAGCAGAAGAUUAUUUUCGGUGAGUUUUCUUACCCCAGUGACUGCGUGGAAGUUUUGUGCGAAUCAGUAUCCAAAAGAGAAAGCCAGAGAAGAAAUAAGAAGAAUCGUCCGCUUGCAGCGGCAGAAGCAGAAAAUCGUACGAUUCGCCACAUAAACACUUUUUAGUGUGUUCAUCUCUCGCUCGUUCCUUUUUGUGUUGCCCGAGCAGGGCCCGAGUGAAAGGGAAAGGAACACAAAGCUCGGUGACAGUUCCUUGUUUACAAGACUCUAUUUGCGGGUGUGAUUGCAUUUCCCCCUUCCUGUACGUGAAUGCCUUCUAGUCAAGGUUACCGUAAGGUAGCAUCCGAGCCGGUUGACCCGGAGCCAGUGGGAUCUCACGUUGGCCCAGACACGCCAAAGGACAGCACAAUGCCCGGCCAGAAGGCAGAACAGCAGACGGUCGUGACCGGAAAUCCGGCCGGGAAGAUCCCGGCCACCAACUCACAGCAACGGCUAAUGCCGGCCGAUUCGGACAGUGCGUCCUCGUCGCUAUACGAGGCAGAUCUGGAAGCAACACCGGGCGGUGGUGGUGGCGGUGGGCUUCGUCAUUUACCCGCAGAUGACGACGGAUCGGUGACGGUGAGCAGCAGCAGCACCGGGCGGGUGUCCCGGACGGCCUGGUUCACCGUGAUUGUGCUGUCUUUUGUCAAUCUCAUCAACUACAUGGAUCGGUUUACGAUUGCAGGUGUACUGAAAGAUAUCCAGGACCAGUUCCAAAUAGGCGAUGACGAGGGUGGCCUACUGCAGACGGUCUUCGUGCUGUCCUACAUGAUUUGUGCACCGAUCUUCGGCUACCUGGGCGAUCGGUACUCUCGCAAAUGGAUCAUGGCCCUGGGAGUGCUGCUCUGGAGCACGACUACCCUGCUCGGUUCGUUCAUGAACAGUUUCGGAUGGUUCAUCACAUUCCGGGCGUUGGUCGGUAUCGGCGAAGCGUCCUACAGUACGAUCGCUCCGACCAUCAUCUCCGAUCUGUUCGUCGGUGAUUUGCGCUCGAAGAUGCUUGCACUGUUCUACUUUGCCAUUCCGGUUGGGUCUGGAUUGGGGUACAUCGUCGGUUCGGAGACGGCCAAAUUCUUCGGUUCAUGGGCUUAUGCACUUCGUGUCACUCCCAUCCUGGGUAUCGUUGCAGUCGUGCUAAUUGCGUUGAUCCGUGAUCCGGAGCGUGGCCAAAGCGAAGGAUCGCACCAUAUGGAAGCUACCUCCUACCGGGAAGACAUCAAAGAUAUCGUGAGGAAUCCCUCGUUUAUGCUGUCCACGGCAGGCUUUACCUGUGUUGCCUUCGUCGCCGGCGCCCUAGCUUGGUGGGGACCAAAGUUCAUCUAUCUAGGACUCGUCUCGCAACCGGGCAACGAAAAUAUCACCCUCAACGACGUGUCGUAUAAGUUUGGGAUAAUAGCAAUGCUAGCGGGACUGGUCGGCGUCCCAGCGGGAUCCUACAUGGCAAGGAAACUACGUCCUCUGUAUCCAUCCUGCGAUCCGAUGAUCUGCGCUGGCGGGCUGUUUUGCAGCUCUCCGCUCAUCUAUCUGGCGCUGGUUGUGACCAAAUACAGCGGAACUUGGUGCUUCUUCCUGGUUUUCUUCGCCGAAGUUUCGCUAAACCUAACCUGGUCGAUUGUGGCCGACAUACUGCUGUACGUUGUCGUGCCUACGCGUCGAUCCACGGCGGAAGCGUUCCAGAUUUUGAUCUCACAUGCCUUCGGCGAUGCCGGUAGUCCGUACUUUGUUGGAGUGAUUUCGGAAGCGAUCAAACGGUUACUUCGACUUUCGGCCGUCGGAGUUGAUGCCGUCUUCCCGCCGGACCUAGCCAGCUAUUCUCAGCUGGCAGAAAAUGCCACUAUUACCACUACGACUAGCACCACUCUGGCGCCGCUGGUAGCGGUAAGCCAUAUCGAUACAGACUCGGCCUCCGUACAGUUCCGGGCCCUACAGUACGCUCUGUUCUCGACGAGCUUCGUGGAAAUCAUCGGCGGUGUUUUCUUCCUCCUCACGGCGAUGUACAUCCUGCGAGACCGACGAAACGUCGAACGAGCCGUGGCAGAAAGUCAAACUGCCAGUACGUCCGCGCAGCGCUUGGACAACUCGACAUCCAGUUCCUCCGUUUCCGAUUAGUAGUAGUCAUAGUCGAUGACAUAAAAACAAUAUCACACAGAUUUACCAGAGUUGCAACACAUCGUUCCGGUGGUCGCACGCGACCAUGUCAACGAACAGUGUGAAGCUCACUGAUGGCGUGACACGUUGUUUCACGACAAUUGCGACAUCGGAAAACAAUUUCUUCGCUUGAGGUCAACGAUUAUCCUUAUUCCAGCUCAGAACUUUCAACACAGAGUACAGAAUACCCUCGAAACAAGAUUCACACACACACACACACACCUACUGCAUACUAGGGCCAUCGUGCACGUUCCACGGGACGCUUGUUGACUGUACAUAGAAAAUCGCUAACGGUUCGCACCUAGACUGAGUUUCAUAAGUCUAUUUAAACUCAUUUUUACUAUUACCAAUAAUAAUAGUAAUGCGUCACGCAGCGAAUGACGGUGAAUUGAAUAAUACAAGAAAAAAACACUCAUAAAGGACUGAUACUAAUUUUAGUGUAAAUUUAGAAAAAGAAAAUCAGAGAAAAGUAAUGAUAACAGAGGUUUUGUUUUCCUUUAUAUUUUUCCAAUCGGUUUGGUGUUUGAGUUUUAGCGGGAGAGUGAUAGGAAAUGAAAGAUGAGAAAGCGUCUAUAACAGUAUAUCCUUUGAAUGAGUGCUUUAUGCCGAAGCAAAUAGUGGAGCUCAAGUCGAUUAUAGUUUUUAUUCGUCCAAUACUUGUCU